UCUAUCAAAAUUUAUUCUACAAAUUCAAGUAAAAUUUAUGAGUGGACAAUGAAUAUGAAAAUUUUCCUUUAAGAACACGUGAAACAUUUUUUUUCCAAUAAUUCAAAAUGAGAAUUUACUGUUAAAUUCUGCAUUUUGCAAGAUUAGUAGUUUUCAAUAUAUUACAUUACGUAUAAUUUAUUCAAUAUUUGAAUUCAUUAGAUAUAUAUAUAGUCCUCUAAAACGAAAAAGAAUCGUACCUCUAUUAUAAUAUAAAUGCCAACCAUUUUUACAUUUUGACACUGAUUAACCAGGAACAGUGAAUUCGUUGAUCACUGUUUUAGCAUGCAGCUCGUGUGACCGACUAAAUAUCAAGUAACGUUCAAAUGCGUGAAGCAGAAGGUUAAGUAAGCUUGCCUGCAUGUAACGAAUAUUAAAUACAGUGGUCACAAUUGUGUUACAAUUCUAUGUAAAAAUUAUUUUAAUGUAUAAUUAAAAUUAUGGCGUCAGGUUUAGAAAGUUAUGUGAAUCACACAGUUUCUAUCAUCACUUCUGAUGGCAGAAAUUUCAUUGGUACCUUGAAAGGUUUCGACCAAACUAUUAAUAUAAUAUUGGACGAAUCCCAUGAACGAGUGUACAGUACAACACAAGGCGUAGAACAAGUGGUAUUAGGUUUACACAUUAUCAGAGGCGACAAUGUGGCAAUUGUAGGAGAAUUGGAUGAUGAAAUGGAUGCACGUUUGGAUCUGUCAGCUAUAAGAGCUGAUCCUUUAAGUUCUAUUGUACAUUAAUUGAAUAUAUGCUUUUAAAUAUAAUUAUUAUUGGAUAAAGACCAAUAACAAUAAUAAUAAUAAUAAUAAUAAUAAUAAUAAUAAUAAUAAUUUAAUAAGAAUCUGUAAUAAUGUAAACGAUAGUCAAAUGAAAGUACAAUUUCUUAUAUAGGUUGUAUAUUAUAUAAAAACUUGUCACCUUUUAUAUCCAUAUUUAGAUGUACUUGUAUUUUAAGAAGUGCACUGCAGAAAUACAGCAUUAUUUACAAUAUUAAAACAAACUAUAAAUGAUCUUAUUAGAAUCAAUAAUUAAAUUGUACAAAAAAAGUUUUACUAUAUAAUAGUAAACUUUAUUUUUUACAAAUGUAA